AAGAAAAAUAUUGCAUAAAACAACGUUGCCUUUCAACACGGCUCCUCGUUGUCACUUUGACUCUUUAUCUUUUGAUAGUUUUAAAGCACUACGCUACAUUUUUAAUAUACAAGUGGUCAACAAUACUUCCAGGUCCCUGCACAAUCUCACACUUGGCUACAACAUCCAUGACAACUAUUUGAACACACUUUUCAGUUCAGAUGCUUUGAUGGACAUGCUCUCUACUGGAGAAGCCAAUGUUCCCAACUACAGCUGUGGAAAGAAGGACAACAUUUUGGCUCUUGUUGAUACAGCUGCUGAUGACAUCUCCAUCCAGAUGUCAACAUUAGGAAACACCUACAAAGUCCCUCAGAUCAAUUUUGAAUUAUUUUCAGAUUCACUGCACGAUAAGAGUCAAUUGCCCUUUUAUCACCAGCUUUAUCCCAAAAAAGGGAUCCUCUACCCAGGAAUUGUCCAAGUGCUCCUCCAUUUCAGAUGGACCUUGAUUGGUCUCUUUGCUUCAGACACAGAAAAUGGAGAGAAUUUCAUGAGGAUCUUUACUCCUUUGUUUGUCAAGAAUGGAAUCUGUGUUGUUAUAUCACAAUAUUUCUCAACAACCGGACUGACAGCACUCCACGGCAAUGCCCUCUCUAAGUGGAGACAAGUCAAUGUCUACAUUCACUACAUGGAAUACGGUGCCGUUUUGGAAAGAAUUCUUCCUUUUCACUUAAUACUUAGGCGUUUCCCAGGACACAUUGAAGGGAAAGUUUGGAUCACAACACUCAUUGGACUACAUCCACUGAGAGACCACAGUGCUCUCAAAUAUGUGAGUAGUAUCUGGACUGUUGAUUUUGAGAGAAAAAAGCGGCCAAUAAAGGAUUCAUUUAAACGUGGUUUCUUUCUGGAUCCAUCCUUUGGGCAUCAGUCAUAUGUCUGUUCUUUUUCAAAACAUGUCUUUUCUGUCAAAGGCCGGAAAAGAUGCACUGAGAAAUCACCACUGGGGACCGAAAAGAAAAAGAACAUGGUAUGGUACUUGAAUUACCACCAUUUUUACAGUGCCAUUAAGACUCUGGACCAUGCCUUGAAUGCGGCGUAUUCUUCCAGAUCCAGGAGGAGAAGGGAGGAGGGCAAAGGGAGUUUGGGGACUCCAAGGCUACAGCCAUGGCAGGUAUGGGGUUCCAACAAGGACUUAGUUCCUUUGGUAAAGAAAUUCAAAAAGAAAAGAUGGAGACCAUAUUAACCUAAUUGUGUUACGGGACUCCAACACCUUUUGCCAAUCUAAUCACUCAGGCAAUAAUGUUCACAAGAAUGGGAACUAUGACAGAUAGAUUGAUAUUAAGCACUACUAAUAUUUAAAUGAUGUGUACAUUUUUAAAUAAAUUCCUGCAUGAAUGGG